GAUCAUUCUGGUGCGGGAGCUCGAGCUCAAUAGUCGCUCUAGUUUAUUUCGUUAUCGUUUUCGUUUGUGAAGCUUUUGUCUGUCGCUGAUUACGAGACCGAGCAGAGGACGAGGCCGAGGACCAUCCCCCGCAGGAGGAAACAUAGUCGGCAACUAACACACCAAUAAAUAGAGUGAGAAUGUCCUGCGAAUUUUGGGAAAGAUAUAGAGAUGUCAUCGAGGCUGUCGAUGAACUACGCCCAGGAUUCUGGACAGCCCUGGCAGACGAGGCGCAGAGGAUGAGGGAGGCGCGUACGACCACCCGCGUGCGCGAAUUCCCGGCCCAACGAGAGGCCGGCAUACAGGCUGUCGUCGAAACUCGGGAGGCGAGCACCGAGCCUGUCGGCGCGGCACAUGAGGUGGCCAUCCAGACCACCCCAUUAAAAGUAGAGCCGGAUUCGACCUCCACGGAGGACUGGGACGCUCCGAGCCCGGGGUCCCCGUGGGACAGUCCCCAAGGGAGCAGGCUGUCGUCGGCUUCGGACAAGUGGCCAAACCUCCCGCCGAAUCACCGUCACCGAGCCUCCCGGAUCCGCCCAAGGGGUGCUGGAAUUGUGGCGCCAGCACCCAUUUGGCCAGAGAUUGCCCCCGAGAGGAGAGGCGAGUUUAUUGCUUCCGCUGCGGCACACCGGGGGUAACCGUGAAGACCUGCCCAUACUGCCGCUCUGGUUGGUUGGCCCAAGGGCCGUAUAAGGAAGGCCGUGGCCACCAAGGUCCGGACCCCCCUCGAGGACGCCGAGCGAGAGGAGCCGCCCGCCCGCGACCCUACU